GAUCCAUUUUAUGGACACGAAGAUACUGCCAAGAUGUCGGCAGCAUUCAUCUCGCACCUUUUUGCGUGCCCCGACCUCCCUCCCCCCUCCAACGCUGUCACUUCCACGGGCGCUCCUAUCCCCUCCCCCAAACUGGCCAACUUUGUAGCCUAUGCUCUUCACCGCACCCGUCUCCCUUCCAGCGUCACUUUCGCCUCCCUCUUUCUGCUACAGCGUCUCAAGGCUCGUUUCCCAGCCGCCCGUGGAUCCUCUGGCCACCGUUUGUUCAUAUCGGCAUUCAUGAUCGCUUCCAAGGUCAUAUGCGAUGACACCUACUCUAAUAAGUCAUGGUGCGUGGUAGGACAGGGUAUGUUUUCUCUCAGGGAGAUCAACCAGAUGGAGAGGGAGAUGUGUGGAUACCUCGAUUGGCAGUUGAACGUUCCCCAAACCGACCUCGAACAGUUUACGAACAAGGUCCAGGGUGAAUUCGCAUCGUCGCACAAGUCGACCGUGUUCGUCACUGUCCCCUUCUACCAGCAGCGUCCGCCUUUCAAGGGUGCCUCCUCGGAUUCGCCGCCAGACGGUCCCGGUUCUCCAUCUCACUCCGACACAUCUUCCCCCGCAUCCACUUCCCCUGCGACGCCAUCUAACAGUGAGGACUCGGCGCCUCAUGUUGUUGUCGGUAGCCAUCCGCAUGGGAUACCGAAGACUAUGGCCACUGGCGGUGUUGUGGAGAAGGGACACAUUGACACUUCCUCCUCGAGCAACUACGCUUUCGCUGCCCCCGCGGUUUGGUAG